AUGUUGAGGCAAGAGAAGACCCUGCAGGCCGUUGUCAUCGCCUCGGCCACCGUCGCGCACGCGGAACAAGCAAUCAAGGCAAUUCGACUUGGGCUCCACGUGCUCUGCGAGAAGCCACUGAGCACGAAUCCAGAAGUGUCCCAAGCCGUUAUCACAGCGUACCGGACAUCUCGCGCAGAGUUCCCGGCGCAAAAAGUCAUCUGCGGCUUCUCGCGCCGCUUCGACGCCUCAUACCGCGACGCCUACGAGAAGAUGCGCGCCGGCUUGAUCGGGCGCCCCGCCGUCUUCCGCUCACAAACGUGCGACAAGCUCGACCCGUCGGGGUUUUUCGUCCAGUACGCCCAACAUUCGGGCGGUAUUUUCGUCGACUGCUCCAUCCACGACAUUGACCUGGCGCUGUGGUUCUUCGGCGAGGACUCGGUCGUCAAAUCCGUCAGCGCCAUCGGGAUUACGGCGGUGUCGCCCGAACUGCGGAAGUACAACGACCGGGACAACGCGUUGGGCAUCGUCGAGUUCCACGGCGGCAAGAUCGCCCAGCUGUACUGUUCGCGCAUGAUGGCCGCGGGGCAGGAAGAUAGUACGGAGAUCACAGGUACAGCCGGCAAACUGGCCGUCAAUACGCAACCCAUGUCCAAUCUCGUCACCAUCUACGAACCCUCGGGGAUUCGGAGAGAGAUCCCGCCUCAUUAUUACGGCCGGUUCCGCGAGGCGUUCAUCACCGAAGCCAACGAAUUCACGGCGUGCUGUCUCGACAACGCCGAGCCGCCGUUCAAAUUGGAGGGCGCUGUCACCGCCGUCAAGAUCGGUUGCGCCCUACAGGAAAGUCUGAUCACCGGGAAGAAGAUCGAGUUCGUCGAGGACGGGCAGCGCAUAGGCAGCGUCGAGAAUGAGUCUACGCCUACGCCUCUGAGUGCGAGGUUGUAA